UUGUCAGCACAUGGCAGUAGGGCGGCGAAGUUCCAUAAGGAUGUAACAUAUAUCGAUAAGCUUAUUAAAGCAAUUAACAAAGUCGCCAUGAAUGUUCGUCGGCGAAGUUGAGCAUAUUUUUGGAAGAAGCACACAAACAUCGGUACACUGGAAACACUGCUCAUGUUAUUGGAUACCGGUGUCAGCGUCAGAGUUUUGGCGCGCCUGCAGGAUAUGUAGCUGGGAGGACACAGUCUUCCUCGGUGGUAUGAAGGGUACCUGAUCAGUCAGCUGUGUUUAAGAGAAUGUACUGUUAUCCUGUAGUAAUCCAGUUAAGCUAGACUUGCAGGAUUAUUUUGUCAGGAUGGCGAGCCGCACACCUAUUUUCCAGAUCUCUGGGAUCAAGGUCUGUGAAAAGAAGAAAGUUUUGGUCCGGGGAAUUCAGCAGCUGGGAGGAAAAUACAUGGGUGGCUCAGUCUAUCAGCACGAGAGCACCCAUCUCAUAAUCCCUCAGGUUUUGUCCAGCGAGAAGUUUCUGGCAGCCUGUGCUGCAGGGAAGUGGGUCGUGACUCCAGACUAUGUGCUGGACAGCAUUAAGAACGGUUCCUGGCUCCCAGAAGGACCCUAUGAAGUUGCCCUUUCCACAUGCACCACAUCUACUUUCUACCCUGUCAGGCAGUGGAGGGAGAAGGUGGCCAGUGGAAGGAUAACAGGGGCCUUCCAGGGGUGGAGGGUGCUCCUCAUGGUCCAAGAGCCCACCCGCAGGGCCAUGUUCAAACGGCUCCUGAAGGCAGGCAGGGCCAAAGUUUACCGCUGCCCUCUUCCCUCUCAUGCCUCAGUCACUCAUGUCAUGGCUAAACCCAUCACAGAGGACUCAAAGUCCCACAAUGCUCCUUGCUACCCUGUAAGCCACAUUGUCCAGCACCUUUUUGGGAGCAACUGUGUGGAUAUGAAGUUCAACAUAAAGGAUGAUCACCCAGCUGAUAUGAAGAAGGCCAGUUUUGUUGACGUUGACUUUGCUAAGCUGGAGGCAGAGCUCAGUGACUAUGUCAUCAAACAGGAGGGCCGACCGAGACUCCGCUUUUUUGAAUUUCUGGGUUACCAUGACCCGCACCGUCCACAGUCCCAGGCAACAGAAACAGACUUUAGUAAUGUUGGUAGCAUGAUAGAGUGUGGGCUCUUCAUUGAAGCCUUGGACUCAAUCAGAAGUGCUGUGUUCCCAGGCCUGCUGCCACCAGCACCGUACCUGAUCUCCCUCUUAGAGUAUGCACAGCAGGGAAACGCCACAUCUGUCUUUCUGAGAAAUUUGCAGCAAGUCAUGUAUAACCUGCUUGUGACAAACCCUCCCUGGCUGACUCCCAGCACAGUGAGAAGAUAUUAUAUCCAGGUGUUGCAGUGCCCUCGUUGUAAGACAGGCCUGUGGCCUUUUCUGGAGACAGCCAUCAGUUACUGCCUGUCCAGUGAGGUCACUUGUCACCCACUACCAGGACCUGCACUGCCAACACUGUUGCAUUUUCAUAGUGACCUGCUGGGAUUUGUCCUCAAGCUCUUUCAGGGCGAACUGCACUCUGUCACCACCUGGGAUUUUGUGCUGCCUGAGGGAAAAGGAGUCUCUCACGCUUCAGCUUCAGGAUCUUUGCUGUACGGAACGUUCUGGACUGUUUGGGAGCGUUCCACGCUGUUGUCCCGAGCUGUGAAACGACUAACCCAAUUCCUGAUGCAGGCUGCUGUCAAGGACUACGCUGACAGGGGUGAGAAGCAGAAGCUGCAUUUGGCGGACACCCUGCUGGACCUCCUUUCUGUGUUGGUGGAGUUCUGGUGUCAGCAGCACUUCAAGCUGAACCAGAACCUGGUGGAAAAGGGUCUCAAGGACCUAGCAGAGCACUUUGCUCUUGUCAGUCAGGAUGCGUCUCCGCAGGUUCUGUCUGAGCUUGUUGUCAGGAUUCGCUCCACCAGACUGAAGUUGGUGAUUGCUGACGCCAUUUUCAGGAAUCUGUGCUGCACAAAUGGAGUUACAAUUGGAGAUGAACCCCUCUCUCUCCAGAAAAUGUUGCUGUCCUACCUGCCUGCUUUGGGGAGUUUGGCUCUCAGUCCCACCACUACUCACCUCAAGACUGGACGCACCUCCCACAGCUGCGCCAACCAGGAGACCGGCUGCAGUGCUCAGAGCUCUUUGGUGAAUGAAACAAGCACGGAGAAAGAGAACAUCCCCAGAGGUUUGAACAGAGUGAACGCAGCAGGAGAGACCCUCCUCCACAGAGCUUGCAAGAGGAACCAAGUGGAAACAGUGCUUCAGAUCCUGGCGCUUCCUGGCACGGACAUCAACGUUAAAGACCAUGCAGGCUGGACGCCUCUGCAUGAAGCAUGCAACCAUGGCAGCACUUCGUGUGUGGAGGCAUUGCUACGUCACCACCCUGCCCCCGUGCUGGAUAACCAGGUGGGCGGAGUCAGUCCACUGCACGACGCCCUGCUAAAUGGACACAUGGACAUCGCCAGAAUACUACUGGAGCAUGCAGGCUCAGCUCUCCUUCAGCAGACUGAUGGGGACGGGCGGACUGCACUGGAUCUGGUCUCUGCAACAAGUCAGAAGGAGGAGCUCCUCCGCAGCGCGCAGGUCGGAGACUUGGCCCUAAGUAACAGGAUAGUGACUGAGGUCUUGAACCUACCGCUCCUGGAGGCCGGAUCGGCUCUGCUGGCCCAUCUCAUCUUCUCCUACCAGCAAGAGAGGGGCCUGUCUCGCUGCGUGCAGCCCGGCGACAGAUCCUACAGCCUGGGCUACAAGCUGGUCAGGGCUCUGCAAGCGCACUCCCUCCAGAGAGUGACUCUGGGCUGGACGGACCAGCGGGCGGUGAGGCUGGUGAAGGACGCCGAGACGGUCUUGGAGCUCGGCAGAGGGAGCUACCUGGGGCAGGUGUCUCAGGCAGUGAGAGAGUGCACAGGAGAGAACACACUGUUCUUAAUGGAGAUAGUGCAGAAUCUGAAGUCUGGUGGAGAAGCACUAGCAGCUGACCUGUGACACAGGUUCAGUGGACAAUGCACUCAAAAAGACUUGAACGCACAACUUAUUGAAAUGUUAUCUGUCAGUUGUAUACAACAGUUAACUCUAUGACCAUAGAAUACUCCGAGGCCUUAAAGUGACCACAUACACCUUCGCCUUCUGUGGAUGUUACACCACCAAAAUAACAAGGCCUUUGCCUAUAUAGAGAAAACAUUUAAUUACAACAUGGUUUGGAUACAUUUUACUACCUUGUUUUGGUUUAAAUUAUUUUAUAUUUCUGAAAUGGAAGAAUGUCUCCAAAAAAUGUAUUUAAGUUGAAUGUUCUGGGUUUGUAUUGUAACACUAACAUUUCCAUACAGACUUACUACUUCAAGUCUUUGUUUUCUGCAGAUACUUUUUUAUGUUUAAAGAUAUUUUUCACAUGUAAAUAACUAUCAUAAUAAACAAAACUAACUUAA